GUGAAAAGUCCAGACAUCAGCACUCUCAUAUCACCUGAAUGAUAAAGGAGCACAUGCACGUAAGAGUAAUGAGAUAUAAUCAAAUGAAUGAUUCUGUGUAUCUCUUCCCAGCACACCUGUAAGACAGGAGAUAACAGUAGAGCCUUCACUCCUUCUCUCUUCAUAACAUCAACCAGCACUCCCACCGGUCUUUUCUUACAUACUCUCUGCAGAAGUAUGCCGUACGGGCCGAAAGCCUUCCUGGUCAGUAUUUCCCGGAGGAAGCCCCUGGAGCCUGAUGGGGAGCAGUCCACGUUCAACCGAUGCCUGACCACCCUGGACCUGGUGGCCCUUGGUGUGGGGAGCACUCUGGGGGCCGGGGUCUAUGUCCUAUCUGGAGAGGUGGCCAGAGACACUGCUGGGCCCAGCAUCCUCAUUUCAUUCUUCAUAGCUGCUCUAGCAUCAAUAUUUGCUGGGUUGUGCUAUGCAGAGUUUGGGUCCCGGGUCCCUAAAACUGGCUCAGCUUACCUGUACAGUUAUGUGACUGUUGGAGAGCUGCUGGCUUUUAUCACCGGGUGGAAUCUGUUGCUCUCUUAUGUCAUAGGAACAUCUAGUGUUGCACUGGCAUGGAGUGGGACCUUUGACGACCUCAUAGGGGGCGUGAUAUCCAAUUAUUUUGAGAAAAAUGCACCGAUGGCAGCCGUCGGCCUGGCACCAUACCCAAAUGUGUUUGCUGCUGGUCUGGUGCUUCUACUGUCAGGUGUUCUGGCUUUUGGAGUGAAAGAAUCAACAACAAUCAACAAGAUCUUCACAGCAAUCAACAUCCUGGUGCUGGUGUUUGUAACCAUCUCUGGAUUUAUCAAGGGUGACAUCUCAAACUGGCAGAUCAGUGAAGAGACCCUGAUAAAUGCCACAGCAGCGGAACAAAACCUGCACUCCACUGUCAAUGGGACCAGCAAGUACGGAGUUGGAGGGUUUUUUCCCUACGGAUUUGGUGGAACUUUGGCUGGAGCUGCAACAUGUUUCUAUGCCUUUGUUGGAUUCGACUGCAUCGCCACAACAGGUGAGGAGGUGAAGAACCCUCAGAAGUCUAUCCCUGUGGGUAUUGUGGCCUCUCUUCUGAUCUGUUUUGUGGCAUACUUUGCUGUGUCUGCCGCCCUCACGGUGAUGAUGCCCUACUACAUGCUUGACGAAGAAAGCCCCCUACCCGUGGCUUUUGCUUAUGUUGGCUGGGAUCCCGCCAGAUAUGUUGUGGCCGUGGGAUCACUGUGUGCCCUCUCCACCAGCCUACUGGGUUCCAUGUUCCCGAUGCCCCGUGUGCUGUUCGCCAUGGCUAGAGAUGGUCUGCUAUUCACACCCUUGACCAAAGUCACCUCAAAAGGCAGCCCUGCUAUUGCUACCAUUUCCUCUGGAGUCGUUGCUGCCAUCAUGGCUCUGUUGUUUGACCUGGAAGCUCUAGUGGAAAUGAUGUCCAUCGGAACCUUGUUUGCUUACACACUUGUGGCCAUAUGCAUCUUAAUACUCAGGUACAGAGAGAGCCCGUCAGACUCAGAGAAUGACCUGAAUAUCAUAGAAUCAAAGAAGUUCAACAUCCUAAAGCCUCCAUCUUCUCCAAACUCAUCCACCUCAAAAGCAGUCAUAUUUAUGACAGUUUUCUCAGUUGCCUGUGUGGUUGCACUGUGUGUCACCCUGACCCAAGCCUUAGACGCUCUUUCCCGUAUGGAAGCAUGGAGCGUGGCAAUCGUUUGUGUCUUUGCAGUCAUCCUGUUGCUAAACACUUUCCUCAUCUGGAGGCAACCACAAAAUCCAACAAAGGCAUCUUUCAUGGUGCCCUUGGUUCCUGUGCUGCCUUUACUCAGCUCACUCAUCAACAUAUACCUGAUGGUCCAGUUAGGAGCUGACACCUGGCUACGAUAUGCUAUUUGGAUGGCAGUGGGAUUCAUAAUCUAUUUUAUCUACGGUAUUUGGCACAGCCACCAGAGGAGGGGACGGAGGUCUGACCUGCAGGGCAUGAACAUUGAAACUGUCAGCGAAAAAACAGAAGCGAAGGUCAUUAAUGAGGAAAAAUUCUAAGCUUUGCAGUAGUGGAGAGAAAAUUAUUGAGAUGUUACAGUGAGUAACUGCCUUAAGUGUGUGACUGCUGUUUGUAAUGUGCCAGUGCUGACGUGUUUCUGAAAGUGUAACGAAAUCCAAAAACACUGGACAAACUUCGUAGCUUUUAUUCCACAUUGACACUUUAUGACACAAUGUAGGAAUUUCCUACUAACACUGAAAUGAUGCCACUUAUAUUCAGACCUGUGCCCAAUGUUGCAUGCCCUGCAGCUUUAAAGACUUGGUAAAGUUUAAUUUACAGUGGGGUUGUACAAGAUGCUUUUCCAUAGUAAGUCCAGUUAGAGUCAGCUCAGUUAGGCAAUUUAAUUCAAUUACUUUGUCCUUGAAUACAAGCACUGUGGGAGACUGAAGUCUAUCCACCUUCAUUAUGGUAGGUGGUAAUACCCACCCUUAAGCCAAUAACUACCUAACCUUCUUUUGGUUGACCUUGGUCAGAACAGUUGCACCGUACCAUGCUGAAGCACAGUUGCCUUGCUUCCGCAGCCCCUCGCUAGCACACUCUCAGACUAGACCGAAGCAGACUUGAGUACAAAAGAACAUCCAUGGUUUGUAAGUUGUUUUUUGUAUAGACAGAUAUGGCCCUCAAACACUCAAUUAUUUGCAGUGAUUACAGAAAAGAAAUUUUGCCUUUAUUCGUCACAACCACAUUGUGCACCCGUGGAUUUGCAUGUGCAUGAGCAACUGUGCCCGAAUGCGGUAUGAAGCACUCACACUAGCCAAAUAAAGAGGACUUCAGGGGUCAAAUGGGUUUUGCCACAGUAUCGUUAGCCUGGUGUGAGUUAACCCCUUAGCACUUAGCUUGAAUGUAAGAUAUCCGACCUUUAAUUUCAGUCAUUAUUUUAGUCAGUGUUAGAUGUUUGCAUGCUCAGUUCAAGUCAGACUAACACAAUAAACUGUUUUCUAACUGCAUGCAAACAUUCUGACUGACAAGAGAUGCUAGUUAGCAUAGCCCCUUUAUUGAAGAACCAUCUGGAGGCUAUACGUUUAUAGCCUGUGUGGAAAAGGCUACCAAACAGGGAGAAUGUGCAAAUAUGCUGCUACAGGGUAAUAUGUUUUCACCUCUUUUGAGUGUGCAUAACAGUCUGGCUGCAGCAUUCUGUGGUGUAUAGGAAACCUCUCUGUGGAAGUCUUUAGGUUAGCAGUGCAUGAAUUAUGUUUUCAGAAUCUUAAGGUAACUAUGCCAAGUCACAAGUACAACCCCACUUAAACAAAAGAAGUAUCUCUCUAAAACCUGCUAUCAGAGAAGUUUACAUCAGAUUAAAACUCAUCAUUUUACAUCUAAGUGACAUGAAUAUGCCUUAAAUAUCAAUCAGAUAUGUACAAUGCUGAAUUUUUUGGUAAUUUUAUACAAUUCUAACUACUUUGAUUGUGGACAACAAUUAUUUAUUACAUUUCAAAACUGAAUUGGACUGUAUAAAAGUAUGCUGUAGAUAUAGACAUGUCAUACUUAUUUACUCUCAGACUGUUUAAACUUUUACUUUCUUAAUUUUUUUGUUGUUUCAAUGUAAAUACCGAAGCUGUAAAUGUGUUCUCAUCAUGCACUGUAAAUAUUUUUCUGAAUUCCUCAAUUAAAACCUUCAACAAU